GGCAUCUGACGGUCUAGUGAUUCUGCCACACUACACCUCCGUACUCCGUAGACUACAUCUCUGUUUACACAGAGUUUAAGCGACGCUUAGUUCUUAGGUGAGACAGGAUUAUAACUGGGUUUGCAAAACAACCUUUGAAGUUUUAGCAUGGAACCUAUGAGACUUAAGACCUGCUUUCUUAUUAACUUGUUAAUGAGCAUGAUGUAUAUAGCUGUGGUCACGGCAACGGUGGAGAGAGACUUGUCUCCCGAAUGUAGGGAGUUUGUUUACAUGGGCACGCCGCCCGUGGGCAUCGAAAGCAGCACCCUGGUUAAGAUAUGCCAGCGAUACAACAGCAAGCCCCGCUACCUGACGCUGUACGAUACAACCAAACGCGUGCCCCUUUACUCUGCCUACACCUUCAAGCGCUCCGACGGGAUGAAGAGCGUGGAUGUACCGUGGAUGUACGAGCCUCAGCUAUCCACCACUUCAGAGACGGGUGAGAUGCAGUCCUUCCCACAGGGCUACAUGCAUCAGAACCUCGAGGACGCGCAGGCCGUUCUAGGGGACUACACCAACGCCAUCGCCUACCAGCGCGGCCUCCUCAACCCGGACGAGCACCAGGCGGACCCCGAAGACAAGGCGGCCACCUACACCCUCACCAACGUGGUGCCGCAGGUGCGAGAGUUCAACACCGGGCCCUGGAAGACCCAGGAGCACAUCAUUCGCAGACGACUCAACAACUACUGCCGCGGCACGGCGUACAUCAUCACGGGCAUCGUGCCAUCCGAAAACCACAUCCGUCAGUACAAUAUGGACCGUGUGGCGAUCCCAUCCUACUUAUGGUCCGCCUACUGCUGCGUCCACUACGACCAUAACGCUCCCUACGAGGACCGCUACAAGUUCCCGGUUCACGCCCACUACGGCCCGAACGAGAAGGACAACAACCAGAUUCUGGAGCUUUCCGUCAAGAAGCUGGAGGACUUUCUCAAGAAGUCCACGGCUGUCGACAAGAGCUUCCAGUUAUUUGUGGAUGACUGUGUUCCCCCAGGAUCCUCACACUCUUAGGUGUAACAACAUUGUAUCAUUAUGUGGUUGAAAAUGUGUAUGUUUUGAUUGAUAGGUUUUCCUUUCUCUACAAAGUAUUUAAGAGAAAAACAUCAUCUUACAGGACAACAUGACACCUAAAUACACAUGAGCUACACCUUUACCACUGUUACCAUUAAUUCAAAAUACAAAUAGAAAAAAUCAUAUUAGUUUGGUUAUCCUUGAGGAGGAACAUGCAUUGAAAUAUGUAAACAUUUAAAACCAAUUAAAAAUGAUUUAUUUGUUUAUA